UUUGGAAAGGUCAUACAAACUUCCUCAACUCAACUCCCAUUGGUUGAGAUUACUGGGUCUAAUCUACUCCAUUAUUCCCUUAUGUCUACCUAACCAAAUGCUUGGGUAAAGGUCGGGCUUCAUAUAUAUGAACAUCUCCAUACCACAGUACACAGCACACAGUGCUAAGAGGACAGCAAGGAUUGAAAUAAUAGCUACAAUUCUGUAACACAGGAUGACUAUCUGAAAGCUGAUCCAAACCGGUACAGGCUGCAGAGCUGGAUGGCUGAUUAGCAACUUUGAUAUAGGAAGCGUUUGAAUGGCUAUUUCCGCAGAAACGACUGAGGGAGGAGAGGCUGUGAGUGAAAUGGAGACGUACCAUCGGUCUGCAAGAGAGAUGGGCCCACAACUAAGGCCAUAGCCCUACUGGUGACACCCAGUUCCAGCUGGAUGUUAUCUGGUUGCACACAGGAUGCACGUGUGGAUUUAAACGCCAAUGACUUGGAGCAGGACACGCAGCUGGCCUGAGAUUAGACUACCUUACCUAUUGAGGAAAUAUAUUAUAGGGCAUACGUGGAAAAAUCUCGACUGCCAUCGAUUCUCAAGAGAGGAAGGAAUAAAAGGGGGCGUACCGACGAUGAGACGAUUAGGUGUUUUCGGAUAUGGCAGACUCCCAAUCAGUAUGAGCAAACAAGAAAAGAGGGCAAAGAUGAAGAACAUCGUUUUUUCUCGCGUAUUCGCGUGUCUCCGCGUGUCUCCGCGAUCGCAAAUGGCAGGGCGCGCGCACCCCACUUCCCCUUUUCCUGUAUAACACUGCACGUUUCCACAACUGCAUUCAUUCAUCAAACAAGGCAAUCUUUUAUUUUCUUCAUUUUCAUGAUAAAAAUUGCUUGACCUGUUUACAUUGUCAAAUCAGUUCUUAAUGUUUGAUACUAAAUGAACUUGAGAUAAAUGUAGAGUUCACUGAGAUACGAUCUUAAACUGCAUUAAUUCCAUGCUUACUAAUCUACAACUUGCUUUUCGGUUCAGUUUAAAUCCUGGAAUUAUGCUUCUUUAUUGUUUCUAACAUAAAGCACGUCUUUCAUUUUGUCCCCGUGAAGCCGCCUCUCCGACUCCGGCAACUCGGUCAGACGUUAUAUGUGGGCAAGAAGGCAUCCGGGUAGAGAUUCCACUGAGCCAGUUAGAAGGGGAUGACUUCACAUUACAGGACCCCAAAUGUAGUCUUACUGUCAGCGAUGGCAAGCUUGUGGCAGACUUCGGCUUUUCAGACUGUGGCACUAUGGCGGAUUUCACCGAUGACGCUAUCAUCUUCAAGAACUUCAUCACGCCGCUGCGGGUAGGAGACUCCGUGCCGAUCAUUUGUAAGUAUCCGCGCCAUAAAAAUGUCACCCUGCCCUAUAAGAUUGCCCAACGCAGCGUCCGCUUCUACGAGAAGGGCCUGGGGUCUCUGGAAAUGGUAAUGCGACAGUUCAGCUCGUCAGGAUAUCAGACUGAGAUUCAAGCCAGCAGCUACCCAAUCUUCAUCAACUCCGAGGAGCCUGUGUACCUGGAAGUCAGAGUUACAGGCAGCAUGUCUGACGGACUGGCCGUUUUCCCAACGAAGUGUCUGGCCUCGGCGUCCGCCUCACCUACCAACGACACCAAUGCUCGGGAAAUCAUCAAGGACGGAUGUAAGACAGAUACCAGCGUUGUCAUCUACCCCUCUUCGGCUGGUAAGCUUCGGUUCCGGUUCAACGCCUUCAGUUUAACUCCAAAAAGCAGUGUUACCUACGUCCACUGUGAAAUGUUGGUAUGCAGUGUACUAGACAGAUCCUCGAAGUGCCACAACGACUGCUCCGGUUCAGGCGAUACAAUGAGGGCUAAGCGGUCUCUGCAGGCAACAGCCGAACACAACGGACACUUCGUCUCCAGUGGUCCCCUCUUCCUAGACAACAACCAAUCAGGCACAGGUUCCAGUCUCGUGGCCGUAUUUGGUGUGGUGGCUGUAGUCAGCAUGGUUGUUUCCGUGGUUGCAGUUGCUGUUGCCACGGUUACCGAGAGAAGGCGGAGAACCAAAUCCAGGGACAUUAACUAAAGUCACCAACGGAUUUAUCUACAUAUAUAUGCAACACAUAACCUUAAUUAAUCAGAUAGCAAGAUGUUCUUAUUUCAGCUUUUGUUUGAUUACGUUCAAAACUGAAUGUAUGAAUGUAUGAAUAUGCAAGGAAUUUAUAUAGAUAGUAACUCGUGAUUCAUGUAUGUAAAUGAUAAAUAUCUGCUUUUUGAUGUGUAAAUGUAGGCGGAUAAUAUGCAUAAAAUGCAAUGAAUUAUAUAAUAGUAAACUCACACACACUAAACAAAUUUUUAUCUUUGCCUCUGAAAUUUUCGUGAUUCUCAUAUUAGCUCUGUUGCUACACUUAAUUCAUUAAAACAGUUUGCCUCGAAAGCAUAAUGUGCUAUCAUGUUUUCCCGCGUUUGCAUGAGUGACGAAGUUUGAUUUCCUUUUUCUUGUGUAUUUCCCCGUAUGAGAUGUAUAAUAAAACCCGCUUUUGCAUCA